AUUCAUUGCCGUACCGGGAAGAGCGUUGUUUACAAAUAACUUAAUAAUGUUGGGCGAACAUUAGAAAUAGUUGACUAAACUCUCGUAUUGAAUAUAACAGUUGAUUUUGUGAGCAGUUUGACGGUUUAGGCCGAACAUCACCGGUAUAAAUCCUCUAAAUGAGCUUUUUUUCAGAAGGAUUUCUUGAAAAGUGACCUGACCUGGUUCCAGUAGUUAAAACUGAAAGGAACAGUAAGAGAUCAAGCUCUGCCGGUACAUGCGGUUUGUUGACACGAGGAGAUAAAGCGGAGUGGCUGCAACAUACAAGUUUCACAGAGGGGUCGGCUGUGGGUAACUCUGCAGGACACAUGGCAGAGGAAGGCAACAAGUUAACGCUGAGGCGUCUGGAGGGACCCAUCAACAAGUUCAUUAAAGUAGCUCUGCCCACGGACUUGGACAGGCUGCAGAAACACCACGGCAACAUACUGAAGUAUCAACAGUGCCAGCAAUGGGAGCAUCUUCAUUACGAGCACAUAAACGCCAGCAGAACUGUUCAGCAACUCAGAGCAAACAUCAGAGAGAUGGAGAAGCUCUGCAGCCGAGUCCGUCCAGAAGACAGCGAAGCUCUUGAAGCGCUCGUCAAGCCAAUAAGGGACAGAGCGUCAGCCGCCGCACAGGACUUCCUGCUUCUGCACUCCAACCCACCUCCGCCUGUCCCUGCAGCACAACCGGCUGCAAGACCCUCCAUCACUCAGUCAAGCAGCUACCAUGAUGUUGAGGAGGCCAUCGAGGACUUGCUGUCGAACAGGCAAAUUCAGCUUCAGCUUCCCGAAAUCCCACUGGAUCAGAAUGCGGCUGAAUCCUGGGAUAACCUGGAGGAGGACCUAAAGGAGCUGAGCGGCUUAGUGACGGAGUUCUCUAUGCUCGUCCAUUCCCAGCAGGAGACGAUUGACAGCAUAGAGGACAACGUUGACGCAGCAGCAGUCAACGUGGAGGAGGGGACCAGGAACCUGGGGAAGGCGGUUGGCUACAAGCUGGCUAUGCUGCCAGUCGCCGCGGCUCUGCUGGGCGGUGCAUUAGGAGGUCCUCUCGGCCUGCUGGUUGGAUUCAAAGCUGCCGGGGUGGCUGCUCUGGGAGGGAGCGCCCUCGGCUUUGCAGGCGGUAACCUGGUCCGCAAACACCGCCAAGCUCAAGUGGACCAAGGGAUGGAACGACUGACGCUGAAAGAAGGGGAACAACCUGAGAGAAAUAAGGACAAAUGACCCACAAGAUUUCUCUAUGUGGACUGAAGAGACUCGGCGUUAGACAAUGUGUGCACUUUGACCUGAUGUUAUUAGGAGUUGAAGUUCUGGAGCUUCAUGUUCUCUCAUCAUCAGAAGGAAUAACUCGCUGUAGAUAUUUUUAUUUAUAUUUGUCCCAGAGUGGACUACAAAAAAAAAAAAAAAACACACAACUUCAAUUAAUUUUUUAAAACAUUAACUGAGCACAAAAAUUAACUUUUUU